ACUCACCACGGUUGUCAAAAUUAAUGAGGUGAAAAAACAGCUGUCUGAUAAACAAGUUGUUUGGAUGAAAGCUAGACAAAUAUGUAAAUAAAGCAAAAUUCCAUUAAUUACAAAGAAAAUGUAGAAAAAUUGUGCACAAAUUGUACAUUUACAAAAAUGUAUACAUCCUUAGAACGUUGUCCGGGUACAUACUGCGGUCGUACACUACUUGACAACAAUGGGACGUGGAGUGAAUGUGGUUCAUGUGCCCGUGGAUCGCGCGUAAAUGAGUAUUUUGCCUGUGCGGAGUGUCAAGAUGAACUUCCUUUGUACUCCUGGCUAUAUUUAGGAUUUAUGACUAUGCUACCAUUUAUGCUGCAUUGUUUUUUUAUUGAUUUAGAUGCAAAGGACAGAAAAUUUUCACGUAAACAACUCACUUUAACUGCUUGUGCGUUGUUUGAGGUAAUCAUUUCAGCUUUACUUUCUGUAUUAGUUAUGGAACCACAAUGGGAAUUUCGACUGCAUUCAUGUCAUGUACGCAAAUUCAAUGACUGGUAUACAUUGUUUUAUAAUCCAAAUCCAAACUAUCAACAGCGAUUAUAUUGCACCCAGGAAGCUGUAUAUCCACUGCAAACAAUAGUGUUAGUCUUUUAUUUUAUGUGUCUUGUAACGAUGUUUAUGAUUCGUCCAAUUAUUGUCAGUAUAAUGAAAAUACGUGGGCGAACGCCUAUAUAUUCCGCGCUGUACUUUUUACCAUUAUUAACUUUUAUACAUGCUUUAGGUGGUGGUCUUAUAUAUUUCUCGUUUCCAUAUUUAAGUAUAGCUAUAGCAAUGAUUUCCAAUGCCAUACAUUAUUCCCUUAAACUAGAUCAAUCAUAUAAAGCUUUAAUACGUAGCUCUUUUGAAUUAAAAAACUUGGUCAUCAUUGCAUCACACUGGAUAUUACUGGCUUACGGUAUUGUUUCUUUGGGACAUCAUACUGCUCUUCUAGCCUUUGUACCAUUUCCGUCUGUAUUUUAUAUUCUAACUGUACGUUGUACGGAUCCGGCAGAAUUUCGUGAAGUUGAAAAUCGUGUUAAUUAAGUUAUUAAAAGAUUUGUUUUGUUCAAUUAGAUUAAGGUUUACUUGUUUGUAAAUACUAUAUUAUAUUGAAGAUUAUUAAUAUGUUUUUUUUUGUAUAUUCCAUAUUACUUUUUUA